AGUGCUACAAAAAUGGAAAAUAAUUUUGAAAAUUCACUAAAACUUUUCUUAAUACCAAUGCGAGUUGUUGGCACUCAUCCUGAAAUCCCAAUAAACUUGAAUUGGUUUAUUCUUUACUCUUUAACUUAUGGUCCUUUCACGAUACUUGCAAUUAUCAUAAUUUACAAUUCUUACUUGAAUGCUACCAAUGAUGAUUUUUCUGAAGCCUGCAAAAAUGGGAUUUUGAGCCUUACUUAUUUCGGCGCCAGUCUGAACAAUAUCAUCAUGCUAUGGUAUCGGGAUUCUAUCAAAAACCUGCUUGACAUGAUGAAAAAUGAUUACAAAAUGGCGGCCGGAUUACCUCGCGACGAACAGCAGAUUUUUCAAGAGUACGUCAGAAAGAAAACUUUAGUCUGCAAAGUUUGGCUCGUACUUUUCACAAUAUCCUGCAGUUUAUUCAGUGUAAAAGCCAUCCUUUUAAUGGUGUACUAUGCCAUCAUUGGUGAGCCUAAGCUAGUACAUUUGUACGAUCUAGUGUACCCAGAUUUUAUUGAAAGCAGGAAGGAAAAUUUGUCUAUAUAUCUUGUUAUAUACUUCUUUAUAUUCUCCUAUGGUGUUUAUGCUGGGUUUGUGUUCAUGAGCUUUCUCCCAUUUGGUCCUGUCCUCAUGUUGCAUGCCUGUGGACAUCUCGAGAUCACCAAGAAGCGUAUUGAGACCUUAUUUACCUCAGAUACAAAGGAUGUCAACGAAAAAUUGAAUGACAUUGUAAAACUACUCCAAUACACAUACAAUUUCGUGGAAACCGUGAAGGAGUGCUUCAAAGUAUUUUACGAAGCUACACUGAAAUUGUCCGCCCUUGCUCUACCCGUCACAUUCUACGCCUUGUUGGAUGGAUUGCAACAUGGAGAAUUUAGCUUGGAAUUCUCAUCGUUUAUUCUGAGUGGCAUAGCAUUGAGCAGUGCUCCUUGUUACUACAGCGACUUGCUUCUAGAAAAGGGUAGAGAAGUAAGUCUAGCACUAUACACGUGUGGCUGGGAACAGGAGUACAACCGGCGCGCGCGCAGCACUAUACUGUUGCUGCUGAUUCGCAGUUCGCGACCAAUAGCAAUGCAGACCAUGUUCGCCACGCUUUGUCUCAUUGCACUCACUGAAAUGUUUCAACAGGCGUACACCAUAUUUAAUCUCAUUAAUGCUGUUUUGACUUAA